AUGAGCGACUCCAAAUCCCCUAGACCCGUCUCCGUCCUGUUCGUCUGCCUAGGAAACAUCUGCCGUUCAACAAUGGCAGAAGGCGUCUUCCAGUCUCUUACCGCACCCUCGCACCCUUUGAUCUCAACAAUCGACUCUUGCGGCACGGGCGCCUACCAUGUCGGCUCCAGCCCCGACUCACGCACCAUGGCUACCCUCAAAGCGAACAAGAUAACCACUUACCGCCACUCGGCACGAAAGUUCUCUCCUAGCAGCGAUUUCGAAAAGUUCGAUUACAUACUCGCAAUGGACGAUGAGAAUCUAGAAGAUUUAGAGGCAUUGAGGCAGAGGGAGCUUAAGAAGAAGGGCGGAAGCGACGAGGGCAUUGGGAGGGUUAUGCUGUUUGGAGAGUUUGGGGGGAAAAUGAGGAAGGGGAGGCGUGGAGAGAGGGGCGAGGAGAUUGCGGACCCGUACUAUGGAGGAGAUGAUGGGUUCAAGACUGCGUAUGAGCAGUGCAUGAAGUUUGGCAAGGUGUUCUUGGAGAGGCUUGAGAAAGGAGAGCUGAGCUGA